AUGAGUGUUGGAGAGUUACAGCUAGAUAUAAACGGAAAGUGUAGCGGAGAAUGUAAAUGCACUAAGAAGUAUGGAGAAUUUUACGCAGAAAGGAAGGCCAUCCCUGAUGUCACUAACUUUACCAAAUAUAUUCAUAAACUUCGGAAUCCCAAUGGAAGAAUAUUUACUCUAGAUAGAACAUUAAAAAAUGGCGGUCAGAUAGGGGUAACAGGGUUAUCAGACACUAAGAUUCAAAAUGUUACGGAGGUUUACGUAUACUACUGGGAUGGAGCUCCUACUAACCCAAUACUCCUCCGAGUUAUACAUAAUAAUCGUGGAAAACCUGAGUACUAUGGCAAACUUGUGAACAGCAAUACUUGGGGCUCUGACCAAGUGGAUGGUCUGAAUGAACAACAGGCGUUAGAUCAUCAAAAUUGCCAACACAACCUAGCCAUUCCCAUUGAAUUGACUCAACCAGAAAACCUCCAACAAUUCCAUCUUGGUAACUCAAAGUCUACAUGUUUAAAGAGCGCAUCUAUAAUAAAAUCCAAACAACCUGAUAUUCCAGCUGGAGCUAAUGGAAUAUACGUCCGAGUAGGAUAUAAAAUAGACAGUGGUAAAAGAAUAUCUAGACUUACUUAUAAGGGUCAACCUACUGUUAUUCCUCCGUAUAAAGAAUAUGGGCCUACCUUGAAUAUUUAUUCCUGGAAGAAUGAUAAGGAGAAGCCUGAGAAGGCUCUCCUAGUUGAAGUAGUCACAACUGACACAGAUAAAGCUGUCUAUUAUAAAAAUACCGGUGAUGAUCAAUGGAGUCCUUCAAUUAAUAGAAAUUCCAAAUUCCGGCUCUCUGAUGAGGAACUCGAGCAGAAACUUGACGAACUCAUCUGUGAACAUCACCGAGCGGUUACCAUUGAUCUUACCAAAAGUUACUCUGAUCAAUAUGUCAGUGAUGGAAACUACUGUUGUGGCGAACAUAAAGGUAGAGGUAAAAUUUCUGUUGCCAAAAAGGAUAUCACUGUAAAUGACAAUAAAAUGACUGAGUACUUCAAACAUACCAUUAAUACUGGUCCUAGGCUUGCAGCUAUUAAGUACUACAAUGAGGACGAUGAAUCUGGUUCUAUUUAUAGUAACAGAAGACGUAUAAGGUCCUCAAACUUCCUCUUUCCUAUGGAUGGUGUAAAGGCUGUUUAUGCUUUCUACUGUCAAAAGAAUAACCCAUUAUUAAUAUACAUUGAAGAUGGACAUCAAAAUGGUGUUACCGGAUGGUACCAGAAAGAUGGUGAUGGUACUAAUGGAAAUGAAGAGUGGGUAAAAGUUACUGAGUUUGGUAGUAUAACACCUAGUAAUUUUGGAGAUCUUCAAUGUGAUCAGUGGACUCAGCUCAAAGAAUCACUAAGAGAGGCUGGUGGUUGUGCUGACUUGCAAGAUUGUCAUAAGGCUGAUAAUCUAUUACAAUCAGAACUACGUUAUGGAGAACAAGAGUCUAAGCAAGAUGAACAACCACAGGAGGAAGAAAACGACCUAGAGGAUGAGGAAGAUGCCGGACCUCAAGUACCUACUGGUAAUAAUGGUGCUGAAGGUACUACUACUGAAGAACUUCCUCCUGAACAUAAGCCUCUUAUUGGUGAACUUACUACUGCUACUAUAGUUGGAUAUGUCGCUGCGGGUACUGUUACACCUACUGGUCUUACUGGGUUUGCUUACUGGAUCUACCAACGCUUUAAUGGUAGUGAACCAUGGGUUAGACAGAUCUAA